AUGCUAAUCACUGAUUCCGACUUACCUCCAUCGCUUCCGUCGUUAACACCCACCCCGAUCGAAACCCUAGACGAGUCGAUUGGAGUCCAUGCAGUUCAAUCUUUGGCUCUUUCCUCCCCGCCAAAUCGUGAUCAGGUGGAGGAGAUCUCAAUUCCGCCUCCGUUAAACGAAACCCCUUCUCUGGUAAGUCUCGAUCACGGCGAGUGCAGCGACGAACCUUUCCCGGACAUUUGUUUGUCAGAUAAUUACAAACGAUGGAGUCUUAAUGUCUCGCCUGGGUACGAUACUGAUAACGAAGACGACUCUACAAGUUACUUGUGGAACCAACCUUUGUGUAGUUUCUUUCAAGAACCUCCCAGGAUCCUCGACGAGCCAUCCACCGUCGGAGUUGGGCUAUGGAAUCUAGGCAACAGUUGUUUCGUUAACUCGGUGUUGCAAUGUUUGACGCACACUGUUCCUCUUAUCGAUGGUCUUGUUUCUUACAAAUCUCCAGAUCCUUGUAGCUGUGGCAAUGAGUGGUUUUGUGUUAGAACGUCUCUUCGAAGUCACAUUGAGGCUGCUCUGACGACUUCGACAUGUUCAAUUGCUCCCUAUUACUUCCUCAACAAUCUUAACUAUUUUUCAGCUGACUUUAGGCGUUACCAGCAAGAAGACGCUCAUGAGUUUCUACAAGCGUUUUUGGAUAAGUUGGAGAGAUGUUGUAUCGACCCAAGUAUUGUUGACUAUGACUCUGUCUCUUCUCAAGAUGGUAACAUGGUUCAGCGUAUCUUUGGUGGUCGUCUCCUCAGUGGGCUUCGUUGCUGCAGCUGCAACUCUGUUUCUGAGACAUUUGAAAACUCUCUUGGGUUGAGUUUAGAAAUUGAAGAUGUGGAUAACCUUCAGAGUGCGCUGGAUUCGUUUACCCGUGUGGAGAAACUUGAUGAGCUAAUGACUUGUGAUAACUGUAAGGAAAAAGUUUCAAAGGAGAAACAACUCUUGCUCUCUAAGCUGCCACAGGUUGUCACGUUUCAUCUGAAGAGAUUCAAGAAUAAUGGGUUUUUUAUGGAGAAGAUAUUCAAUCAUGUCGCGUUUCCAUUGGAGAUCGACUUGCAGCCAUAUAUGUCCAGAAGCCAGAACAACGAAGUUACUACAAAAUAUCGUCUUUAUGCUUUUGUGGAGCAUUUUGGGUCAUUAGCGUACGGUCAUUACUCUUCCUAUGUUCGGUCAGCCCCAAAAAUAUGGCAUCAAUUUGAUGACAAGCAGGUCACUAGAAUUGAUGAAGAUAGAGUGUUAUCACAAGAUGCUUAUAUUCUUUUCUAUGCAAGCGAAGGGACACGCUGGUUUUCUAACACCUCCGAAGAGGUGCAUCCAUCGGUUGAAUCUAGCUUGCAAAAUCCAUCGCCAAUCUCUGUCCUGGAUCCUACCAGCGGGGAGUGUUCAUCUGAAAUCAGUUAUGAGAAUGCCUAUAAAUCCAACAAAGACUCAGCGGGAGUAACUGACCUUCUACAUGUCAAACCAGAAGAAAAAUAUGUUUCCCUCUCCAACGAGUUUGACGAUGAUGUGUUGUUUCACUCGGCAGAGUCCAGUGGCGAGGAUUCUCCCAUGACAGAGCCUUUGGACCUUCAUCACCCUGAUGAUGAUAAUUCUAACGAUUCAUGCAUUGAGAAAGAAGUAGAUUCUUGUUUAGACUUUGAAAGAGCUACCACUGGUGAUGACUCUGUUCCUUAUCUCAUGGUUCAAGAUCUAGACUCGUCUCAAAGACAACAGGAGGGAACGUUCCAAAGCCAACUUGAUGAACGUUGCAAGCAGCCAUUAUUAGUAAGCCACGUUCCAGAGUCUAAGGAAACAGAAAAUGUUCAUAGAAGAGGCCUCAUGAAGAAACCUUCACCUCGUGAAAGAGUGUUGGACCAAGGCAUAUCCACAACUGGUUCUCCGCCCAAGAAACUAAAAAAAGCAUGAAAAAGUCCAGCAUCUGGAUUAACAGAGAGGUACAUCUUGUGGACUUUCUUGAUCGGUGAUGACUUUGAUUAGACUAAAUCAGGUUUUAAUUGGUUUCGGUUUUGUGCAUAGUAUGCAAGUUUUGGUAUAAACUGUCAGAAGAAAACAAAAAUCAUUAACAGAAUCUAAAGGGUUUUUAAUAACUAAACCAAGUCCAGUCAAGCACCGAAUAUUGACAAAAAGUCAUUUUUUGUCAAAAAAAAAAAAAAGGGAUCACCUUUGUCAAAAUGAAGAUCGCUUGACCAAAAAAUGACUUUUGAACGAGCUUUCACUGCAUUAAGCAAAAUAACAAUUUUAGUUAUUUUAGGAAAGGAUUAGCAACUGGUUAGUGAAAUGAGAGCCGACCAAUUUGGUUCCAGUCACGUUGAUCUGAUGCAGAAUCAACAGAAAUAGAAUUGAGUAAGCAAAUGAAGUACAUGUCGUUAAAAUACCUGAACCUUAUUGAACUAUAUAUGAUUAUAGAAAUGAUUUUCUUUACUUGGUCUCUUGUCGAAUGUC